AUGUCAACCCCUUCGAUUGCACAAAUGCUAUCCAACACCUUGUACUACAAGCGCUUUUUCCCGUACUACGCCUUUAACGUCAUGGGUGGGGUCGAUGCACAGGGCAAGGGUGCCGUCUACAGCUACGAUGCCAUCGGUUCCUUCGAGCGCUCUACGUACAGCGCCAACGGCUCUGGACAGGCCUACAUCAUCCCCUUACUGGAUAACGUCAUUGGUAACCGCAACCGCCUCGACGAGCCUCCCAAUCUCACUGCGGAAGAAGUGGUGGAAAUCCUCAAGGACGCAUUCUUGUCCGCUGGUGAACGCGAUAUCUAUACCGGAGACCAAGUAGAGAUAUGUGUCGUCAGGGCGGACAGCGUCACCACUCAACAUUUCGCUCUCAAGGCGGAUUAG